ACAGUCUGACGAUAGUUUUGCUCCUCGCUGUCCGAUAAUGGAUGUAGCCACCCUGGUCACCGUUAAAGUUAGAAAUUAACCGUUAAUGUCACGUCACAUAUCAGAACAAUUCUUGCACGCGCACUCGUCAUGUUUAAACCGUUAGCCGUUAACUAACGUUUUUACCAGUUAGUUUUCAGUUAGCGUUAACAUUUCCAACGAAGGGAUGGAGAGAGACCGGGGCUUUAACUUUAAACUGUUGGUACCUCCCAGGGUGAAUACCGGACAGGUAUCUACUGUUCGGCCUCAGGAAAUCCUCGAGAACUGCAGUGAUUUCGUGAAUACAUUGCAGGGCUACAAUAAAGGUUUUGAAAAAGAGCAGAGCAUGUCUUUCCCCAAUAGAAACAUGGUUGCACCAGCACAAUCAGCCAGACAAGACUUUUCCAAAAUGAAAGUUGUGCCGCCAAUGGAAAAAUGCGAGAAUAAUUGCAAUCCUGGACAGCUUUAUUCUAAGCUGUUUGAUGAAGUUGAGAAAAUUAAGUGUUGGAAGGUCAAAGUGGACUCUGAAACUGUGCAAAAGGAAACUAGACUCCAAGAAAACAAAAGAACAAUUGAAACUCAGCGCAAAGCCAUUCAAGAAUUGCAGUUUGGAAAUGAAAGUCUCAGUGUAAAGCUGGAGGAACAGAUCAGUGAAAAUGAGGAUUUGAAGAGCAAAAACAAUGCAACAAGGAACUUGUGUAAUAUACUCAAAGACACUUUUGAGCGGACAGUUGAGAAAAUGCAUUUAUUUGAAUCUGAAAGAGAGGAAACACAUCACCUAUUAAUGGGAAAUAGUGGGACUAUUCAGAAACUCAUUGAAGCAUAUGAAAGCCUUCAUAUUCGAGCAGAAGCUGAUCAACAAGAGAUGCAGAAAGUCAAAGAGUCCUUGCUGCAAUAUGAAGAUCUGAAAGAGAAAUAUCAUCAAGAAUAUAACAUGAAAGGGAAAGAGGUUGCAGCACUUCAAACGCAAAUUAAGGAGAAGGAAAAUGAACUACAAAAACUCCUGCUUGACCUCCAUGAAACCCAGAAGCAUUGCAAACAACUUCAAGAGGCAACAAAUGAACAACAUGAACUCCUCAAAAGCUCAAAAAACGAACAAAAAUCCCUUCUUCAAAAACUGCAGACUGCAGAGCAGCGCUGUACAGAAACUGAGAAAAAUCGUGAAGCUAUUGCUGCAACACUGGAACAAAGUCUAGAAGAAUAUGCAGAGAUGGUUAAAAACAAAGAACAAAUCUUGCAGGAGUUCAGCAGAGUUAAAAACCAACAAGCAGAGAAAUUGGAAGAGAUUCAGAUAACCUCUCGAGAACUACAGGAGUCACUAUCCUUAGGGAGACAGAGGGCCCAGGAACUUGAGGAUAAACUCGUAGAAAACAACAAGGAACUUGAGAUGAGAAACACACUUUUAGGAGAGAGUAUGGAGCAGAGUGCAAAGAAAGAUGGGCAGAUCAAAAUCCUUGAAGAUGAACUGGUAAAACAAUCUCAAACUGUUGAGUCCAUGAAGGGAAGGAUUGACGUCACUGAAGUCAGACUGGAGGAACUCACAGCUGAGCUUUCAAAGACAACCGAAGAAGCCCAACUAUUGAAGAUCAAAGUGCAGGAACUGGAGGGCCAAUUGUGCAUUGAAAUAAAGCAAAAUAAAGAACACACCUUUCAGAUGGAGCAACUGAAGAAAGACAUCACACAGCAUAAAAUCAAGUACAAAGAGCUAUUAUCCAACUUUAAUGAGCUGCAGUCUGAGAAGACAGCCAUUCAACAGCAGUUUGAGAGUGAAUCUUCUCAUUUGAAAGCUAUUGAGGAAAGCAUGAAGGUGAGUGAGAAUAAGGCUGUGAAGCUCACAAGAGACAUUCAAAGACUGGAAGAAGAAAACCAAUGUUUACGAGAGGAAGUCAACUCUGUUAAAACCAAAACCCAUGAGAAAUAUCUGGAAACUGAGACUCUGCAGAAGAAAACUGACGAAAAUUGUGAACAUCUGCUGGAAAGUAUUUCAGAAAAAGAAAAACAGAUCAAAUCUGUGGAAACAAAGAAUAGAAUGUUGAAGAAACAAAUAGAAAAGAAGAAUUUGAAAUCCAGUCAGCUUGAAGAUGUGAUCAGCAGUCUUCACAAGGAGUCCAAGAACCUUAAAAGACUGAAUGAAGAGGAGCAGCAAAAAUUGCUUAAGGAUCUUGAGUCCAAAUCAACUUUUGCAGCAGAGCUUGAGAAUGAGGUACAAAAGCUCAGAUUAACAGCUGCAGAGGCUGUCACGAGCAAAAAAGACACAGAGCUCAAGUGUCAACACAAGAUAGCAGAUAUGGUUGCACUGAUGGAAAAGCAUAAGAGCCAGUAUGACCGGAUGGUAGAAGAAAAGGAUGCUGAGCUUGAUGAGAACAAGAAGAAAGAGAUGGAGGCGGUUUCCCAAAUGAAAUCACUGGAGUUGGAUCUUGCGACGCACAAGACAGAUAAUGAUCAGCUGAAAAAGCAGCUGAAGACAGAAAUAACAGAAAAGGAAAAGGUGGAGAGGGAGCUGACUGACUUGAAGAAAGAAAUGUCAUCAAUGAAAAUGACUCAGCUGCCAGAAGCAAGGAACAAACAGUCACCUGUCUCUAAGUCCAAACAAGAGAGAUAUUUACGGACCCCAAAAGACAGCUUGUCCAACAGGCACAUGUUUGACUUUUCCUUGGUCAAGAAAACUCCUGGCUACAGCAAAGAUGAUGGAAAUACAGCAGUUAAGAAAAGAAAGAAAAGUGAAAUUCUCAAUGAAGACCUGAAAACCCCCAAAAGUGUCACAAACAGGAUUGGUGGAACAUCAAAGAUCAAAUCUUACAGAAUAAGAACACCUCCUUCUGGUGAAAAGACAGCACGCUGGGGGAAGAGCACCAUAGAUCUUGACCCCAGGUCUGAUAGCUCUGACCAAAAUGAUCUUUUGACCUUUGCAAGUACACUAGCACCAAGUAAUUCCACUUCACACUCCAAACUCAACAUCCCCCAAAAGAGCACUGUCACUCAUAAAUCACCCGGGAACUCCUUGAAGUUAGCUGCAAUGAAAAGGAUCAGAGAUGCAGGUUGGACAGCUGUUACUGGCAGUGAUAAAAAAAAGAAGACGGCCAAUGAGAAGAUCUUUGCAUAAAUAGUGCUGUUACAGAUCAGAUUAACAAUAGUCGUAACAAUUUUUGACAUGUUCAGACGUUCUUAUUCCAACUUUGUUAACAUACAUAUAUAGUAUAGCAAUGUUAGGAUUAUUGAUCAGUUACAGUAUUGUUAACAACAAAAUAGUUUAGUUGUUCAUAUAUAGUAUUUUGGGGUUUUGGAGAUAUAGUUUACGUUACUGGAGAGUCACCCUGUACACUUAAGUUCCUUUGUAUUCUGUUUGUUGCACUGAUGUAUUGAGUAAUUUAUCUUUACUAGUGUUAACAUGAAAUAUAAUUUGUUCUGCAUAGGUUUAUAUUGUGGGGUGUUGGAAAUACUGUGGUAAUUGUGUAAUGCUGUCUUAUUAUAUAUUUAAUAUAUUUAUGUAUCUUAGUAUUGACAGUGAUAUAAGUAAAAGUGAUGUUGAUCAGCA